GAAGGGGGUAGAGAUGGACGAAGACAAGGUACGAGCCGUGAUGGAGUGGGACAAACCGAAGACGGUGAAGGCUUUGAGGGGAUUUCUGGGACUGACAGGAUAUUACAGGCGGUUCGUGAAGGAUUAUGGCAAGAUUGCCAGACCCUUGACCGACCUUCUUAAUAAGAAGGGGCAGUUUGCCUGGACGGAACAAGCAGAGGAGGCCAUGUUAAGGCUGAAGAAGGCAGUCACGACUGCUCCUGUAUUGAUUCUGCCCGAUUUUGACCAGCCGUUUCACAUUGAGUGUGACGCAUCCGGAAGGGGAAUUGGAGCGGUACUCAUGCAAGGGAAGCAGCCCAUAGCUUUCUUUAGCAAAGCGCUAUCUGAGGGGUCGUUAGGGAAGUCAAUAUAUGAGAAGGAAUUAAUGGCGCUGGUUUUAGCCAUACAUCACUGGAGGCCAUACCUGUUAGGGCAAAGGUUUGUGGUGCACACUGAUCAGAGGAGUUUGAAGUACCUUUUGGAGCAACGCAUCACCACUCAGAAUCAGCAGGAUUGGCUGGCAAAGCUCCUAGGAUACGACUUUGAGAUUGUGUACAAGUCAGGGGUAACCAACAAAGUAGCGGACGCCCUAUCCCGCAAGGAUGAGGAUGAGUUGCAGGAAGAGAAAGAAUUGUCGGUGAUUGCUCGCCCGUACUGGCAAGACUUCAGGGAAAUCUUGGAAGAAGUCGAGGCGGAUGAGGAGUUAAGGAAAGUGAUUGACGAUUUGAAGAGAGACCCCAACUCCCACCCCUCGUUCACGCUGGAGAACGAGCGCUUGCACUAUAAAGGGAGGCUUGUGCUGUCAGCCCGUUCGGCCUGGGUGCCCAAGUUGAUAGCCGAAUUCCAUACUACACAGACAGGAGGCCACUCAGGGGUCUACCGAACGUACCGCAAGGUGGCGCAAUCUCUUUAUUGGGUGGGAAUGAAGAAAGCCGUGACCGAGUUCGUUGCAAGCUGUCUGGUCUGCCAACAACAUAAAUAUUUGACAUCAUCACCGCAAGGGUUGCUGCAACCGUUACCCAUUCCCAACGCAAUUUGGGAGGAGAUAAGCAUGGAUUUUAUUGUCAAAUUACCCAAGUCUAGAGGAUAUGAUGCUGUGUUAGUGGUGGUGGACCGUCUCAGCAAAUACGGACAUUUCAUUCCCUUAAAGCACCCUUAUUCCGCACGCACCAUAGCCGAAGUCUUUGUGAAGGAGAUCGUCCGAUUGCAUGGGGUGCCGCUAUCGAUAGUAAGUGACCGGGAUCCACUGUUCUUGAGUAAUUUUUGGAAGGAGUUGUUCAAAUUACAAGGCACUCAACUAAAGAUGAGCACCGCCUAUCAUCCUGAAUCUGAUGGGCAGACCGAGGUUGUCAACCGGGUCUUGGAGGGGUAUUUGAGAUGUUUUUGUUCCGAACAGCCCAAGGGCUGGAGCAUCGUAUUACCGUGGGCGGAAUACUGGUACAACACCAGCUACCAGGAGUCAGCAAAAUGCACCCCAUUUGAAACCGUCUAUGGGAGGCCGCCUCCCUCACUGCACAGGUUCGUUCCAGGAGAAACCUUAGUGGAAGCUGUCAAUCAGGAGUUACAGACAAGAGAUGAAGCACUCCACCAGUUAAAGUUCCAUCUAGCCAGGGCUCAAGAAUUAAUGGUGAGGCAGGCCGACAAGGCAAGGAGGCCGUCCCAAGUAGGGGUGGGAGAUUGGGUCUAUCUGAAGAUUAGACCUCACCGACAAACUACGAUGUCGUCUACAGUACAAUCUAAACUGGCAGCUCGUUAUUUUGGACCUUUCCUGGUCAUUCAGCAGGUGGGGGCAGUCGCAUUUAAGCUGCAAUUACCAGAAUCCGCACGGAUACAUCCCGUGUUCCAUGCGUCACAGUUAAAAAAAGCAGUAGGGGACCACCGGAUCGAGCAAGAGUUACCAACAGACUUAGAGAUGGAGGAACCGUCUCCACGGCCGGUCCGAGUUUUGGAUAAAAGGCAGGUGCAACAGGGAGAGGACGAACGGCAAGAAGUCUUGAUCGAGUGGCAAGAGGGAGGUCCGGAUGGGGCGACAUGGGAAGAUGCCCUCACCAUCCAAGAUCAAUAUCCCGACUUCAACCUUGAGGACAAGGUUGAUCUUCAGGAGGAGGGUAAUGUUAGGGCCUGGCGAGUGUACGAGAGAAGAAGAUAUAGGAGGGAGAGGGGAGAGGACGAACGUCCAGAGCAAGGAGGUAACCGUACGGUAGCGGACGAGCGUGCCGAACUGGAGCCACCCUGGCCUGUUCAACAAGAGUUGUCUCAUUGGGACCAGUAUGCUGAACCUGAGCAGGAGAAUUAUCAGUCGCUGCAGCCAUGGCAGGACCAACUCUGUGACCAAUUGCAGCAGGGAAAUCCAGCUUCUGAACUUCAAGGGAUGACCAAUCAAGUGGCUCAGUUGGUAGCUGCUGUCCACAAGCUGACAGGGAGAUCUGAAGAGGAAGAGGGCACACCUGCUGCCAUUGAGUUUCAAACUUUUGAGAGUCAAACCACUUCAGCCAUUGUGAGCUCCACACCACAGUUUUAUCAAGACUCAGGUCAACCUUGGCAACCUCAAUUUGGUGAAUCAGAGCAACAAGAUGCAUACUCUCCAGAUUGUAUGGCACACAUGUGGAAGGUAGCAGCAAAGUUUGCUAGGAAUGAACCUGAAAAGGUAGCUGGUGAAUCAAGAAAACAGGUUUUCUCUGAACUGAAUAUUCAAAUUAAUAUUGAUGAGGUUCAAAUUCAUUUUAAUGCUUUUGAUCUAGUUAAAGUUGAACCCAUAAAACCUGCCAUUGAUACUGCUGUUUUGAUGCCUGCACACACUCACAUUUUAGAUUCAGUCUUUCACGUAGAACACAUUGAUAUACCUGAUGCUGUUUAUGAUGUGUGCACUGAGCCUGAUCACAGUUUUGAUGAUAAUUUUGUGCAAUGUGCUGACUCAAUUGAUUCCGUUGUUGUUGCAGAAGACAAUUUUUAUGAGUCAAUACAGGUUUAUUCUAACCUUGAAACUCCCACUGCCACAUCUGAAUUUCCUAUGCCAUUUGAUGCAUUUGAUUGUAUGUGCUUAGAUCUUAUAGAGCCUGUUGUUAACACUGCUGAACUUAUUGACUCUAAGGUUAUUAAAGCAGCACUUGAAAUUGAGCAUAUUGAUGUGUCUAUUGCUGUUACAGAGUUAUACACUGAUUUUGACACUAUUUCAAUUGAUGGUAGCUGUGCAGAAUGUGAUGUUGUGGCCACUGAAUCCUCUCAUGCUGGUGAGGUUGUCUUUGAUGAAUUAGUCCAGGUUAACUCUGAAUUUGAUAUUGCUACUGGUAUAGCUGAAAUGCACACUAUUUUUAAUCCUUUGCUUGAGUUACCUGUUGUGCCUGAUGCUCCUUAUAAUUCUGAAUUGGUAGAAAUAAUAUUUGCUGUGAGUUAUACAAAUGCAUCUACUGAUGGGUGCUUUGAUUCUGAUGCUUAUAUUCUGGAUGAUCUGUUAAAUGAUUCUGAUUUUUCCUGUGACAGUUCUGCACAAUGGGUGAUUCAAUUGUUCAUAUUAACUUUGAUCUGGAUGUUGCUGAUGAUAUACUUAGUGCAGGUACUGAUAUUGAGGAGGUUGCAUACACUGAAGGCACAAAGGUUACCCUUUGGAGGUAGGAAAGAAUCUCAAUGGAUCUCAAAGAACCUGGACCACACAGAAUGAACAGAAAAGGCACGAGGAGCGCUGGUUGAUGCAGCAAGGUGCUUGGAAAGUGCAGAACCAGCUGAAAGCCUUGAAUGGAAAGCUGUUAUUGCUGCAGCAGAGAGAUGGGAAGGAGCUAAUGCACACCUUGGCUGACCAUGGAGCGAAACCAAUACCAUUAAGCCUUUUCUUUACCCUUCUUUUCUUUUGCAGUUAUAGGUCUCUAUUAGUAGCUUGCAUAAUAAUAGGUAGUAUAGUAAAUAAUAAGAUACAAAAUAUGUUUUUCAUAAAAGUAAAAAGAAUCAAUUUUGAUCUGUGGCCAAUUUGAACAAUUUUUUUUUUAUGUAGCUUUGUAGUUUAGUUUUGUUUUUUGUAGUUCUGUUCAUGUAUAUUCUUGUGCUCUUCUGUGUUCAAUUCUUUAGUUCUAUUUUGUACAUACUUCUGGUUCAAUUUGUUUUCUUUUUCAAUUCUAUCUGAUGUUGUCUAUCUUGUGCAUACCUGUGGUUGUUUGUGCUGUUUAGGAGCCUUACCCACUCACACAUUGAGGGCAAUGUGCCUCUUAAGUGUGGGGGUGGGAAGGUAUAGGUUGAAAUUUUUGUUUUAAUGUAAAUAUAGAUCUGUUUAGCAUUAGUUUUAGUAAUAAAUAGGGGUAAAUUUUUUUUUCCGACGAUGUUUUUUUUCCCUUUAGUUUAGGUCUGAUUUCGUUUUGAAGCUGUAAAUACCUACUUUCAUAAUCUGUUUUAGUUUAAUUCUUCAUUCAUUUUGAGCUUAGGUUCUUUUACUUUUAAAUCUGUUUUAGAACUUCUUUUUAGUUUGGUUAAUCUGUCUUUGAUAGGUAGUUUAAGACUGAUUGUAAGUUUUUUUUUUUUAGAUCUCUUUCAUUUCUAUUUUCUUAUUUUAGGAUCUUAUUCUGUCAUUAGUUUCUAUUCUGACCUUUGUUUCCUUGCUUUAGUUUUCGUAUAUUAGGUUCUGUUUGAGUCUUUAGCUAGCAUUCCUUAGUAGGUUCGUUUCAUCUUAAAUACUGUUUCAAGUUUCUUUUCAUUUUUUACGUCUAUGUUUUAAUAGUUAUAGGUUAUUAGAAUUGUGUAGGUUUCUUUCUUUUCCCUUUUUGCUAUUUCCUUUAUAGACUUGUAAUUAGGAUCUGUUAGCUUAAUGUCUUUUCUCCUUAGGUUCAUUGCUUUAGGUUUCUUAUUGCCUCUUGCUUGCUUAUUUCUUUUCCCUUUUAUUGUUUCUUUUUGCAUAGAAGUUUUUGUUAGAAGCUGUUGAGGUCUUAGUUGAAUCUAUUCUAGUUGGGUUAGUUUUUCUUAGUUACAUUCUGUCUGUCUUAGUUUGUUUAGGUUGAACAUACUUGUGUCUUAGCUUUGGUUUAGAUUUUCUCUUCCUUUUCCUUUUGCUGUUUUACUUUGUAGAGCUUUGGUUUAGGUUCUUAUUAGUUACAUACUGUUUUGCCUUAGUUGUCUAGUGUGACAUCCCAAAAAUACAGCCAAAACUAUAAAUUUAGAAAAUCACAUUUAACAAUAAUUCAAAACAGUUUUUCCAAAUAAAACAAAAUUUGAAAAUUUGAACGAACGCUCAAGGACGAACGUCCUUGAGUACAGUCUUACAACAAAAAGAACGAAUGCGUAAAAGCCGCACGUCACACAUAAGAGUUACAACUGAAGUCGAACGCACAAAUAAAAACCUGACCGAACGGUUUACUCGGUACAAAUACCGAACGGUCGAACUUAAAAGAAAACGAAUGAGUAGGUCGAACGACCACUCAAGCCAACAACUAAUAGCCGAGCGUCUCACUGCUCGGUCUUCACUUCCACUUCAACCAGAUUCUCUUCGUUCAGCACCUCUUCCAAACACUCGUCUCCCUCUGCUCACAUCCACACAGAUGAUCAUUGCAAUGACAAGAUGGACGUACAUGACGAGACAACACAAGGAAAACGCAGGGUAAGCUUACAUAAUUUAACUCAUGCAUCAACAUACAAUUCAGUACAUAAUUCAUCACACAUCAAGGCAUUUUAACGCACGCACAAAAUAAAACUCAACACGACUGACCGUCCGGACUGUAUGAAUUCUGCAUAGUUACAGGCGUUCGCGCACCCGGGUGGUGUGGUAACUGGCAUCCUCAUCAGUUGCCACCCAAGGUUAGUACGCUCGUCCAAAGUACCUCUAAGGACGACGACCUUCUGCCGUUCCAACGCAUGACGUGCGCCCUCUACUUGAGGACGAGCACUCACGGAACAUCAGGAUCGAACAGCAAGCAUUAACUUCCCACAGUCAUACUUGACAAAUUCCAACAUUUUCCAAGAGUCGUUCCUACCUGGAACGCUCGUUCAAUAUUCAUAACUUUCAUUUCAUCUCAGAUACUGUUCAUCAUUCACUAUUCAUCAAUCCAUAAUCAUUUUCAUCAUUAAUGGGGAAAACAUCAAAAACCGAAAGUUCUGUCCCCAAUGAAACGAGGACGAACGCUCCGAGCGAGACCAAAAUACGCUCGUUCGGAUCAGAGAACGAACGGCAGAGUUGUAGUUAAGUUCGGGAAUGGCCAAGUAUGGUACUGUUCAUUGGACGAACGUCAUUUACCUUGAGAAUCAGUUGAAUGAACUGACGCUCGUGAUUUCAAACCAAUACUCUAAGAAAUAAUUUUAAGUAUAGAGGCCCUAGGCCGGAUCUAUCAACACAAAUGUUUAAAGACUUCCAGGGAACGUUUUUAUAAAAUUUAUCAUACUGAACCCAAUGCCAGUCAAUGACCGAACGUGGAAAUCUAAAGUUGGACGUACGCUAAUUUGCCAGCAAGGAACGAGCGCUCAGAAUCUUACCGAGCACCAUUUAGGACGAGCGCUCAGUAUAAGACCGAGCCUCAUUUGGAGCGAGCGCUCAGUAUAAAACCGAGCCUCAUUUAUAACGAACGCUCGUAUAAGACCGAGCGUCAAUUUGAGGGUACGGUCAGUGUAAAACCGAACGAUCCCAGUACGAACGUCAGGUGUGAGACCAAACGUUCAAUAACUUAGAUUGGUAGAACUUGAAAAAUAAACUAAGGGACUUUUGAAGAAGUGUUUACGGACGGGAAAGUAUACAGUUACAUAUACAUAUACUAUUACAAGGAGGAAGUUGAUCAAAAAUACCAUAUUUCAACAGUGCUUGGCCGAACGCUCAAGCGGAGUAUUUUAGGACGAGGACGCUCGUCCUCAACAGAGGAUUCGUCCAAAUGAAAAAAUCAACAUUUCAACCAUAUUACUAAGGAAAACCGAACGGUCAAUGACCGUCCAGAACGAACGUACAAUGUUUUUCAUGGGAAAGUUCAUUUUCAAUUCCAGUUAUAUUCCAAUUCAUCAAAAUCACAUACUUUCAUUCGUUCAUAUCAACCCAAAAUCUCAGAUUUCAUAUAUCUCGUUUCUUCGAACAUCUCAUACAUCAUACGUAACUUAGACAUAUGUCAUUUUCAUUCCAUAAAAACGAACGUUCACGUAAAUCAAUCAUAGUAACCUCAUACAGUCAAAAUAACGAACGUUCAUACCAUUCAUUCAUGUCAUCCAUCAUGCAUUAUUUCCAUAUAGUAAAAUAACAAACGUUCACACCCAGCAUGCAUCAAAAACAGUUAAAUUAAAUAAGCUUCCCUUACCUGGAAUUCUCCACUCAGAUUCUACUAGCCAACGCUCGUUAAUCCAUUAUACGAACGAACCCCAACACCAAACUCAGAAUUACCCCACUCUAAGAAAGAUUACGAACGUACACUCAGAAUUGAGUUUACAUGCAUAGAAAGAAUUGAGUUUACAUGCAUAGAAAACGAACGUCGUAGAGAGCGGGAAAAGACUUACCAGUCCAGCCAACCGAACGUCUUCUCUGAUAGUCCUUGACGCCGAGCGUCCUUCAACAGUGCCGGAAAAAUAGAACGGAGGGGAUGAAACGGUGGUUUCCUUUGAGAGAAGGUGCAGAGAGCUUUGAGAGAAGGUUCAGAGAAUGCAAAGAGAAGGAAGAGAGAAAGAACUCUCAGAAAUAGCACAGGGAUGGUGCGGCCAGAGGGAGUGGGGAAUAUUUCAGAAUUCAGCUUUUGCUUCCCACUCCCGUCGAACGCACGUUCACUCUGGCAAGCACAUGCUCUGCACUUCUGGUCUCUGACUGCCCAUGCCGGACGGUCGUCCAAUCUGAGGUCGCAACGUGUUUUCCACCAUUGCCGAACGCACGUUCUUACGCUGGCAGCACGUUCUUCACUGACGUUUCUGACUGCCAUGCUGGACGGACGUCCCCUCCCAGGGGACACGUGUAUCCCACUACCAAUUUCCACUACCGGUUCUGACUCAGCUUGGCGUGCGGCAGCUGGCGUCCGUCAGUGGGGCGUCAGACGCUGCAGUCUCCACGUGCGCUGCCGAGGUGGCUCGUUCUGCGCUCGCCACGUGGAUUCCACCGAGCGGACGUCAUUUCCGAGGCCUGACAUCUAGAUUAAUGGGCCCUUAAUAAUUGGGCUGAUUUCAGAAAUUGGGCCACUGAAAUCGCACUAGACCCCUGGAACGCUGCUGCUGCAGCAAGCACUGGCUGAUGUUGAUCGAAGAAGAAUGGGCCGCUGCUGUGCAUUACUGCCAUUUGGAGCUGAUGCUGAUUUAAGAACUGGGUCGCUACUGCAGAUUGAAGUUUGGGCCACUGGCUGAAUAUUAGGCUCUACUGGGACGCUGCCGUUUUGAGGUCUGAAAGUGAUUUGGGAUGAAAUUAAGUGGAACGACGUGCGUUUUGGUGCGUCUUGGUCAGCAGCUGCCUUAGGGGUCUCCUACCCUCAUUCUCAAUUGCAAAACACUCGAGCUAGGAAGUUUCUUUCCUUAUUUUUUAGCAUUUGAGUUCUGUUUAGAUUGUAUGAUAUUAGAUUGUAGGAAGUUGUAAUAAGUAGAUUUUGUUGCUGUUUUGACAGUGUUAUUUUCCUCUAUUUCAUUACAUUUCAAAUUCUUUAUUCUUUUAAGCAGAUGUUAUUUUAGAUUA